AAUAAACUACGGGAAGAGAAUCACAUACUCAUACAUUGAUCAUGAAGUCGUGAAGUUAAAGUUGUCCGAGGCAUUGUCAUUGUGAUACCAAGCGCGUGUCAACACAAAACAGCAGUAAGAUGAUAAAUACGAAACACUGCAGUUAUUUGAAAGUCUUUUAACAAUAAUUAAAUAUCAUUGAUUUAGUUUUACAUUGGCAUUACACAUUAGUAAAAAAAAUGCUGGCAGAGGGAGAGGGGAUGCAAAAGGUAAGUUUGUUGUGAGGACAUCCUUUGUGGACAACCCCUAUCCUGAGCCGUGAUUUGUGAACGCCCCCUUUUUGGUUAAGCCUCUGCCCAUAACUCACCACCAUCCCCCACUCCCCGGCAAGGAUCGAUUUCUUUAAAAAAAACAACAACAACAAAUACAAAAACUUUGACAUAGCGCAAAUCCUGUCCCAAGCCGGCCAUUGUGCAAUGGUUUCUAUGAGAAAACGUCGCGUUUUACCCUGAGAAUAGCACAUGCCAUGCCAUUCUGGAAACAAAUUACGUCAUGAAAAGGGUAAACGCAGACCUAUGGCUUUGCUAUACAGUUUGCUACCGCUCCGCAAGUUUCUAAAAUCGAGGUGUUUUCAAAAGAUUUGCUGUGAGACUGAGUGUUGUGAAUGAACCUUUGAUAUCGUAUGUACAUUUUGCCAAUGCAUAAGGCAUAGUGAAAGCAAGAUGGUUCAAGGUUGAAAUACGACCAUGCACAUUAAUAUUCAUAUGCAUGAAUAUUAUUCAUACUGGUAUUUUCUUUGGGUGUUCGUAAAAGUAAAAUGUAAAUAUUCAACUACACGAAGAAUGUUGAAAUACAAUAGAAUAUCAGUCACUUAGUAUUCAUAAUAUUUCUGUUAUACAUGUUCAUCAUGAAUUACAUGCGCUUUCAGAAACUUUAAGUUUGUUUUCAAAUGUCUAAAGUCUUAUUACUAAAGUUACCGGUAUUUUCAAAGUCAAAGGCCGGUACAACUUGUUGAAACACUUAUAUAUAUAAAUAAAUAUAUAAAGUGUUUCUAAUAUAAUAUUUAAACAUAUAAUUAAAUUGUUUAAAUUGCUACAAAACAUUUUAAUGGGAGGAAAAAAACUCGAUCCCCUACUGAGAAUUGAUCUCAAACUAUAUUAUCGCCAAGCGUCCACUCUACCACUUGACCACACAAGAUCUUCUCUAACCAGAAUAUCUUAAAACCAGGCCAAUGGUAAAAUUUUGCCGCGGUGUACCCAGGCCAAAGCCCACGAUUUCACUAGGUACACCGCCGCGGUUUACGCAGGCCAAAGCCGAUGGUUUCGCUAGGUACACCGCCGCGGUGUACGCAUCCACUUCGAUAGUAUAAUAGAGAAAACUUUAAAUUAAAAAAAAUCAACUUUCUAUAUUUAAUAGUUUCUGAGCUAUGAUAACUAUGAAUUUUCGGCUAUUCAAUAUUGUUGACGUCAUUUGUAUGGGAAAUGGGUGUCAGCGCAGAAAAAUUCAAGUUCUUAAUUUUUGGACUUUGGUGCAACUCUAUUAGUAAAAGGAUUAAUGAUUAAUUUGUCAUAAAAUUGUGGUAUCUUUCCACAUGUUCACAAAUAGUCGACAUCUUGACCAACGUUAACAUUACCACAUACUUUUUUUGUUUGUCUUUUUUGAUCGACAUUAGUUUUAGGCAUCUUUCCCUCAAAAUAUUUUGAAGUAUUAAAUUCUGAUGGCAUUAGGCCUAUAUAUUAAUGUAUGUGUAUGCCAAUUCUCCUUGAUGUGGGAAUGUAGGCCGUGUCUGAUGUUUGUUAUGCUUGUCCCAGUAACCUGCAUUACCAUGAGUUCGUUCAGCCUAAUUUGGACCAUGCCAUGCCCCUUUUUAAUGGAAAUAUUCAAUUAUGACCACUAUUUACAUCAAAAUAUUUCAUACAUUUUGUUUUAUAAUGAACUUAGAAGUAAUUAAACAAGAAUAUUUUAAUUUGAGGUUUAAAAACCCAGUAGAGUCCAUAAACUAAAUGAUCGGCUAAUGUGAAGAGAUUGCAUCCUGACGUCAUUUGCGUGUUUUGUCCCUGGUUCUGAUAGGGUCAAAAGCCAGGUUAGGGUAAGUUUAGGGUUCAGGUUAUGUUUAGGCUAGGGAUAGAUUUAGGGUUCAGGUUAGGCUUAGAGAUAAAUUUAGGACACAAGUUCACGGGUCACGGCAACCAAGAUGGCGGCCAUGUUAAAAAAAACGCGGUGCUAUCUCUUCACAUUUACCAAAUAAUCAUAAUUUGCUCUGUGCAAAACAUCGUCAUGGGCAGCCAUUCACAGUCACUUGCAUAAUGGCUAUACCGUAGUACUAUCUCAGAGUUUCAUUCAUAAGACUUUGCCGUGUGCUAAAACUAUUGAAAGGGAAAGAUUUAAUUAAUUAGUCAUGUGCCGAAGUUGAAAGUUCAAAAUAAGUAGUCCCUUAACAGUAUUUUAGGGAUAAGGAGAUGCAUUGCCUUAUAUAGACUAUGUAGUAUAUACCAAUAUAUUGGACACCGUAGACUUGAUUAACAGAAAAGCCAUAUAUUAAUAUAUUAUAUUAACCCUCUUGGGACGGAUGGAGUAGCGACACAAGAUGAAUGUCACAAGAGCACACCUAGAAACCUACAUGUAUCUGUGGAGAUACAAAUUAUAUAAAGCCAUUUAUAAACAACCAAUAUUCUAUUAAAACCAUGUCAUAGAGAUUUACAGCCAACAACUGGGUAGCAUUUUCUGUUAACCAAAAGCAGAACAGACUAUUAAAUGGGUAUAAAAAAAAAAGGCUAAUACUUGGGGAAAAAAUGGCAAGUUAUUAGUUACCUUCACUUUGAAAAAAUUUAUAGAAAUAAUAUUGUAGGAUCUUUUUCAUUUAAAUAUUACUUUAUUUCACUUUUUACAUAAGUGUAGGUUUUCAUGACGGUCUGACAUCUGUUUUUAAAGCUUUCCAUGUUUUUAUUUAAGUCUCAUUUGAUUGAGGAGGAGUAAUUUGGGAACGUUUCAUCACAUUAUUCAAACAUAUAAUAAAUGUUUCAGAUAAAAAGAAGUCAUGAAGCUCACAAUAGUUGCGCUCAGCUAUUUCAAAAAGUACGUCCAGCGUGAAAUUGCUCAAGCUUCAGGAGUUUCCAUAUAUAAACCUUUACAAGGCUGGAGGCACUUACGAAAAAGGAAUUGGAUUUAUGAUGAGAACCGGCCUUGGACAGAUGCAGCCAAGGAUGCCAACUUACCAGGCAAGCGAUUGACUGAACUGAUAGAGCCGAUUUCAGAGUCAGAAUGGAAAAUAUUCAAAGGUGAUCGUGUAAGUAUGUUUACUAUGUUUACAUCUCUGGGUGUGUAGAGGCAGUAGCAAUGCAUCACAACUAACUUCAGUGUAAAAUACAAUCUUUCCGAUUCUUUGGUUCUGCUUGAUCUCUGCUUAAUUUUUACAUUCAUUUUAUAAAAAAAUAAUGUAUUGUUAAAAAUAUGGAAAUUUAAUUUACAUUGUAGGAAAGAAAGACAUGCUAAACUAUAAUAUUAUGAAUAUAAAAACAUGGGAAUAUAAUUUAUUAUUAUUAUUAUUAGUGGUCUUAUAUUUAAAUAGUUAGAGCUAAGUAUUUGAAAGUCACAAAAGUAACAGUCACAUUGCAGUUUUUAAAAAAGAAUCCUGCCAUUAAUUAUUUUUUCACUACAUUUUAAUUUACUUUACUUUAAUUUUAAUAAGAGCAGAAAAUUUGGUUGUGUAGUUACUAUGAAAGUUACUUCAGAUUUAUUGACAUCUAAAAGCCAUUUUAGAAUAAUAUGCUUUCAUGUUGGAUUACUUGGAUAGAACAAAGAUUAUUUUAAUUUAAAUUUUAAGUCAACUCAUACUUCCCACAUGCUUUUUAUCCCUUAAUAAAUGAAAGUCUACGUGAAACAGUUUUUGGUGGUAACCUUUUGUUUAGAUUUUAAAAACUUACUGACAUGAAGACCCCUUAUCUUAAAGUCACCCUUUUAUCUUGUUAUCCAAAUUAUUGUUAUUUGUACAUGUGACAACUUUUACAUGAAAUUAUAAAGUUGUAAGAUGGAUUUGUAAAAUAUUGUCCUUUUUAAUAAAAACAUUUGAUAACAAUUGACAUGGGAUUUGUUUGUCACUCAUCAACAUCUUGGAGCUAAAAUGGCCUUGGGUUCCGUAAAGAGUGGCCAGUUGAUUUACACUACAGACCGACCAAAUUUGAUUUUCUGAUUUCGGCAGAAACCAAAACAAAAGUGACAGUUCAAAAUGACUUUCGGUCGAAACUGAAAGAUUUAGAAAUUUGGAAACUUGUUUGUGCAGACAAUCUACCUAUGUUGAAAAAUGAUGGGGGAAAAGUAAUUAUCAAGAAUUUUAUUUAUAAACAUCUAAUGAAUACUUUGACUUUUACCUUUUGAAGUAAAAACUAAUUUAAAGUUGUUAAAAAUGUAUUUUAAAGUACCGUAGUAUUGUAAGAAGAAGAAAAAAUUAGAGGGGGUGCGGGGCGCAAAAAUUCAUGCAAAAUUGACCCUUGUGCACCCUUUGCUUAUAUAAUAUAAUGACAACAUUUGGUAUAGAUCAAAAGAUUAGCCUCCGUAUUUUUCAUGUGCAUAGCUCACUAAAAUGUCCAAACAAAAGCCUUGAAACAGGCAUUCUUAGUGGUUGACAUUUAAUCAGGAUGUAUGUCUGGUUAGCUUGGAUAUUCCUUGAAAAUAUAUUUUCCUUUGAGUUAGAAAUUCACAUUAAUUUCUAAUUAAAGCCAACCUUGGAGUUUCUUUUCAUUUUUUUUUUUCAAUGUACGCAUCUGAACCCCCCCCCCCCCCCCUCUUUUUUUUCUCUAUUUUUCUUCUUUUUUUUUCCUUCUGCCUAAAGAGUUGUUUUGAAAUUAUUUUUUAAAAUCUAAAAACAAUUAUUUGGAUCAUUUAAGAAGAAGUAUACAACUAACUUUUGAUAACUUACACCUUUAAGUUUUAUUCAGCUAUUGAUGAACAGGUUAGAAAGAAAUUCAAAUCUUUUUUAGAAUGAGAUGUGUACGUAUUUUGAACUGUUGGUUAUCAAAUAUGAACAACCCUGCUGGAGUAUCAAUAUAGAUUUUAUUUUCACAGUUACAUCCCUUAUAUUUAAUUUUUUAAUUUUUUUUUUUUUAAAUCAUAAAUCACUGGUCACGUGAAACUCCAAACUUAUGGAAUGAUCGGACGAUCACUAUUAGAGACCGACCGAAAGUGAUUUUCUGAUUUUGGCCUCAGCCGAAAAUAGGCCGAAAGUUUAAAAUGACUUUCGGCCGAAACCGAAAAAAUGCAGAAAGUUUAAAAAUUACUUUCGGCCGAAACCGAAAAAAGGCAGAAAGUUAAAAAUGAAUUUUGGCCGAAGCCGAAAAUGAAAUAUUAAGAUAUUUUGAAAUUCAUUCCCGUAUACAUUCUGCAUACAUCGAAAAUGAUGUGGGAAAGUAUAAACAUUUACAUUCUUUUUAUAAAAAAUGAGAUAAUCGUGAAUAUUAAUAAAUAAACAUCUAAUAUAAGGGUCUCAAAGUCGCGGCCCGUGAGCUAUUUGUGACCCGCAAGACGAUAUUUGUGGCCUGCUACAUGACAGAAAAGUUUAGUGUAAAUGCGCCGGCCCGUUUCCCCCCAUUCUCAUAUCUAUAACGUGACUCUCCGCGACGGUUUCAGUCGAAUCUCACCGACUAGUCUAAUUCUGAUAUUAUUAUUUUUAAUGUUUCUAUAUAUUUUUGUAUGCCAGGUCUCUGGCAACAGUGAGUAUUUCUUGCAGAACCCUUAGAGAUUUUAUUGUUAUUUAUAAAGGUUGAGCAGAUUGUAACAGUUGUAAUCGCUUUUUUGUGGAUUACUUGAUGCGGCCCACUCUCAUUCAGAUACUACCUCCUGUGCCCCCCCCCCCCUUUUUCCCCCAUAUGAUUUGAGUUUGAGACCCUUGAUCUAAGAAUACUUAGGAUUUUAACAUUUUAAUAUAAAAUUAAUUUAAAUUGCUUUACAGUUUUUUUGUAAAAUUAGUAUGGUAGGAGAAAAUUAGGGGGGGGGGGAAUUAAUGCAAAAUAUAUUUUUUUUUAAACAGGGUCUCUAAAAAAUGUGGUUCUAAAAGAUCGCUUAAUUUGUUUUUAAAGAUCGUUUAGUUGGUUGUUAUUGAUCGAUUAGUUUGUUGUUAAAGAUCGUUUAGUUUGUUGUUAAAGAUCAUUUAGUUUGUUCUUAAAGAUUGUUUAGUUUGUUGUUAAAGAUUGUUUAGUUUGUUCUUAAAGAUCGCUUAGUUUGUUGUAAAGAUCGCUUAGUUUUUUUCAUAAAGAUCGCUUAGUUAGUUCUUAAAGAUCACUUAGUUUGUUGUUGAAGAUCGCUUAGUUUGUUGUAAAGAUCGCUUAGCUUUUUCAAAAAGAUCGCUUAGUUUGUUGUUAAAGAUCGCUUAGUUUGUUCUUAAAGAUAAUUAAUUUUGUUCCAUUAAGAUAGAUUAGUUUGUUGUUAAAGAUCUUUUAGUUUGUUCCUAAAGAACAUUUAGGUUUCUGUUAAAGAUCGCUUAGUUUAUUCUUAUAAAUCAUUUAGUUUACUAUUAAAGAUCAUUUGUUUUGUUCUUAAAGAUCAUUUAGUGCGGUCUUAAAAAUCGUUUAGUUUGUUCUAUUUGAGCAUUUAGUUUGUUCUUAAAGAUCGCUUAGAUUGUUCUUAAAGAUCGCUUAGUUUGUUUUAAAGAUCGUUUAGUUUGUUCUUAAAUGUCCCUUAGUUUGUUGUUAAAUAUCGUUUAGUUUGUUCUCAAAGAUCGCUUAAUUUGUUCUUAAAUGUGGCUUAGUUUAUUGUUAAAUAUCGCUUUCAUUGAGUAUUAAAAUGACCGAAAACCUGAGUCACUUUCGGCCGGAUGGCAGAAAGUCUAAGUCAAUUUUGGCCGAAACCGAAGAAAAACCGAAAGUUAACUUGUCUCUUUCUGCCGAAACCGAAAUUAAGCCGAAAGGUAACUUUUCAGUUUUGACCGAAACCGAAACUUGGCCGAAAGUGAUAAAAUGGCCACUUUCGGGGCCGAAACCGAAGCCGAAAUUCGGUCGGUCUCUAAUCACUAUAUAUUAAACAAAAAUUGAUAAUUUAAUGAAAAAUGUUUAGGAGACCAAAAAAAAAAAAAUAUGCAAGGCCCUUACAAAAUUAUUUCGGAAUCUUUAGUGUAGACUUUAAGGAAAUGCAAUAAGAACUGUUGUUGUUUUUUUUUAAACCUAAAACUGUUAAAUGCAGUAUUGGGAUAUGUAAAUAUCGUUAUACUCACUACACAAGCAAACAAAUCGCGGUGAGAAGAUAAUGAUCUUCUGUCUCUGGCACCUAAUAAGUCAACUGACUCUCCCGGCUCAUAAGCUGGCUGGAUUUUCUUGUCCACAUUUUAUAUUAUUUAGGCUAAAUGUAGUUUUGUUUGUGUUUUUUUCCACCAAUUUUAUCUCAUAUUCUGGGUGCCUUAGUUUUAAACGUUUAAACACGGGUUAGUCUUAGUAGUUAUAAAUGAUCCAUAGUUAUAAAUGAUCCAUAGUUAUAAAUGAUCCACGCUUAGGUUUAAGUCUAAGUUAUCAUCCAUUUAUACAACCAUUAUUUUCCUGAUUCACAUAAAUUAAAUAGCUUAAAGCAGUGGUUCUCAACCUUCCUAAUGUCGCGACCCUUUAAUACAGUUCCUCAUUUUCUGGUGACACCCCCCCCCCGGUCAUCAUUUUUUUUCCGUUGCUGCCUCAUAAAUAUGUGUUUUCCGAAGGUCUUAGGCGACCCCUGUGUAAGGGUGGUGCGACCCCCAGGUUGAUAACCGCUGGCCUACAGCAUCUACAGUCAAAGGGACUCAAUAACUAACAGCCAUCCCAUUAUAGAAUGAGUUUAUAUCUUAUGAGUAGGUAUUAGGAAAUAAUAAGACAAGGUCUAUAAAUAGUACUUUAACUGUACUGACUCUCGUAGUCGCCACACUACACAGACGCGAGAUCAGCCGACGGAGCGUAAAACUGCUGGCGACUGUAGGAACAAAUAUGUGGGUCACAUUAACCCAGUUACAGAAAUCAAUUCUGCACAGCCAUUUACUUUUUUGUGCAUUCGGUCAUAAAGUACAUGGUACACGAGCCGGCAAAUGGGCGCUCCCAGUGUGGUGGUGGUGCUGCAGUCUGAAUGUGGUGGUGGUGCUGCAGUCUGAAUGUGGUGGUGCAGUCGAAUGUGUUGGUAGGGGUACAGUCAGAAUGUGGUGGUACGAGCGUAAUGUGGUGGCACAGUCUGAAUGUGUGGAUGGGGAGUUGUCAUAUAUGAUCAUAGUCAUAGGCCGUAUAGACUUAUAAGAGGUGUAUGUUGUGGUGCAUGCAAUGGUGCAGAGAUGUAGUUGACUGGUCGGCCGAUUGAAUCCAGAGAUGGGCACACGUAUUUCUGAGACGUGUAAAGAUAGGGAAGAAAUUGUUUUGUGGAUACGCUACAUGGAUUACGUGAUGUUUUGGUGUCUACGCCACUGGAAAAAGAUUUGUUUGUUAUGUAAGGACGGCUGGUUUAAAUGUAAGGACAACAGGUUGAUGUAAAUGUAAGGACGGCUGGUUUAAAUGUAAGGACAGCUGGUUUAAAUGUAAGGACGGCUGGUUUAAGUGUAAGGACUGCUGGUUUAAGUGUACGGUCGGUUGGUUUAAAUGUAAGGACAGCUGGUUUAAAUGUAAGGACGGCUGGUUGAUGCUUUAAAUGUAAAGGAGGUUGGUUUACUUGUAAGGGUUGUUGGUUUAAACAUAAGGGUGGUUGUUUUAAAUGUAAGGGUGGCUGGUUUAAAUGUAAGGAAAGCUGGUUUAAAUGUAAGGAAAGCUGGUUUAAAUGUAAGGAAAGCUGGUUUAAACGUAAAGGCGGUUGAUUUAAAUGUAAGGACAGCUGGUUUAAAUGUAAGAGCGGUUGGUUUAAUAUUUAAAUAUAAGGAUGGCUGGUUGAAAUGUAAGGACAGCUGGUUGAAAUGUAAGGAAGAGGGGUUUAAAUGUAAGGAUGGCUGGUUUAAAUGUAGGGGUGGUUGGUUUAAAGGGAAUGGCGGUUGGAUUAAAUGUAAGGACAGCUGGUUUAAAUGUAAGGACAGCAUGUUUAAAUGUAAUGACGGUUGGUUUAAAUGCAAGGAAAGCUGGUUUAAAUGUAAGAGCGGUUUAUUUAAAUGUAAGGACAGAUGGUUUAAAUGUAAGAGCGGUUUAUUUAAAUGUAAGGACAGAUGGUUUAAAUGUAAGAGCGGAAGUAAGGACAACCGGUUUAAAUGUAAGAGUGGUUGGUUUAAAUGUAAGAACAGCUGGUUGAAAUGCAAGGACGUCUGGUUGAUUUAAAUGUAAUGACGGCUGGUCUAAAUAGAAGGACGACUGGUUUAAAAUUCAGGACGGUCAGUUUCAGAAAGCCGAUGGCUUGUUGUCAUCAUAUAAAAAUAAGUGUAAGAUUUAUUUGAGUAUAGACUAUUAUAAUUAUAGACAGAUAAUAGCACAUUAUUUUCUAAACACAAUCAGUUCAGUUGUCAUUCAUUUAGAAUUGUGUUCAAAUGUCAUCUGGUCCCAAGUUUUGAUCAUAAUAGAUUGAAGCCCAACUGGGUUGUCAUUUGACUUAACAUCCGAUUUAAAUUAACGCCAUGUCAUAUUCCAUGAACUUGGUCGUGUCCGGUAGCAUCCAGCCUCGUAUUGGUACACAAGUGAUUUUGCUAGCAGAAGUCGGUAAGUAGGUCAAUCGAUCAGCUCUCCUGCACCAGUUUCCCGCCCCGUGUCCUCAUCACUAGCCCACUUCACAGCGAAAUGAGGUCACCACCGUAAGUCGGUUACUGGGUCUCGUGGCAGACCGCCCUCUUUUCAACGAAGGCUCCCCCCCCCCUCCCCCUCACCCUCUCUCUCUGAUCCCGACAUUUGUACUCCUCUGUUUUAUUUUGUGGAGACACAUGGGAUACUUUGAGUCGUCUGAGUCCGUUACAGUGCACGGAGUGGUCGGUGCCGAGUGAAUGCUCCGUCAGGAUGUUUCCCCUGAUGGGUGUGGGUUAGCCUCACAGAUUUCCCUGUGUUGACUAAGGACUAAAAACUAGGAGACGGGACUUUGUUUUGGAGAGCAGAACGAAUGUGGCAGUGAAAUGUUGUAUUGGAUCCUUGUUUGAUGUCUACACCACUUCAAUGAGCCCAGGACGAGAUCACCCAACCUAAUAUACUUUCAAUAGUCGACAUUCAGUCACACAGGAUUACAAAGUUGCCGUUUGUUUUGUUUUUUUUGUUGUUUUCAGUUGUUAAAAAAAUUGUGUAAAUAUCUUAAAUAGAAUCUAUUUUUUGGCUCGUCCAUGGUCUGGGCUAUGAUGUGCUGUGUGCUUGACCUGUGGAUGGCGUCCAACAAUGCACUAUUAAAGAGAUCAGCUUCGAUGUGGUCGAAGCACACCACGUCACGGUCUUAGCUCCUUACCUGAUCGUCGUUUGUCACACUGCAGAUCGUCACGAGAAAGCCAGGGGUUUGGAAGUUUCUCUCUUUUUUUUUUAAAAUAUUGCCUUUGCGAAACGAAUUAAGGCAGCCGCGCGGGCAUAUGCAGUAGUGGUGGGUGUCAUGGACUACCAUCAGCCAGCAGCACCCCCAGCACCACAGGAUGGAAGAAAACUCACCUGGCACCACAUAGAUAUUAUACCUGCUUACCUGAGUGGAAUCAACAACUUGACCUGCCUUGUAGCCUGGAACCAGCCAACUUCGUGUACAUCAGGAAGCACUCUAAGGUAUGUUGCUUUAUUUCACUUCACUUGGAUUCAGUGGUUCUUUCUUGAUAAUGACAUGUUAGUCAAUUCGUUGCACAAGGUUUCUGUAUUUUCUUACUCACCUAAGUCUCUGUCUGGGUUACAUAAUGAAGUCUUUGUGUUAUGUCAAUGUAUUUGUUACACACUGAAAUCUGUGUUUGUGACACACUUAAAAUCAUGUGUUUGUUACACUCAUAAACCUCUGUUUGUCUUGUUUAUGUUAUCUUGCCACUCUGAAACCCUUUGCCUAUCGUGCUUUAUAGAAUAUCUGCUCGCGUGAAAUAAUUGAGACCACCGUACAUUAGAGUCCAGAGUUCCUGUUGUGUUUCACCAUUGCAUUCAUUGGCCUGCUGGUUUCAUGGACGUGGAUCCUUUGGUUCUCUGGUCCUUACACCUUCGUAUGGCAAUAAUAGUAUAAUAUUGAAGUUGGACAUAUAGAAUUGUUGGUACCGGUAUGUUGGACAAAUAUGAGUGGUUGGUAAGUUGGGACAUAAUAUAGUGGUUGGUAAGUUGGGACAUAUAGUGGUUGGUAAGUUGGGACAUAUAGUGGUUGUUAGUUGGGACAUAUAGGGGUUGGUAAGUUGGGACAUAUAGAGUAGUUGUUAAAUGAAUAUAUAAAGUGAUAUUUAAUGGGACACACAUGGAAUAGUUGGGACACACGUAGAAUAGUUGGGACACGCGUAGAAUUGUUGGGACACAAGUAGAAUUGUUGAGACACACGUAGAAUUGUUGGGACACACGUAGAAUAGUUGGGACACACAUGGAAUAGUUGGAACACAUGUAGAAUAGUUGGAACACACGUAGAAUAGUUGGGACACACGUAGAAUAGUUGGGACACAAGUAGAAUUGUUGGGACACACAUAGAAUAGUUCGGACACACGUAGAAUUGUUGGGACACACGUAGAAUUGUUGGGACACACGUAGAAUUGUUGGGACACACGUAGAAUAGUUGGGACACACAUAGAAUAGUUGGGACACACGUAGAAUAGUUGGGACACACGUAGAAUAGUUGGGACACACGUAGAAUAGUUGGGACACACGUAGAAUAGUUGGGACACACGUAGAAUAGUUGGGACACACGUAGAAUAGUUGGGACACACGUAGAAUAGUUGGGACACACGUAGAAUUGUUGGGACACACGUAGAAUUGUUGGGACACACGUAGAAUAGUUGGGACACACGUAGAAUAGUUGGGACACACGUGGAAUAGUUGGGACACACGUGGAAUAGUUGGGACACACGUGGAAUAGUUGGGACACACGUGGAAUAGUUGGGACACACGUGGAAUAGUUGGGACACACGUGGAAUAGUUGGGACACACGUAGAAUUGUUGGGACACACGUAGAAUAGUUGGGACACAUUUAGAAUAGUUGGGACACAUUUAGAAUAGUUGGGAAACAUUUAGAAUAGUUGGGACACACGUAGAAUUGUUGGGACACACGUAGAAUUGUUGGGACACACGUAGAAUAGUUGGGACACAUGUAGAAUAGUUGGGACACAUGUAGAAUAGUUGGGACACAUUUAGAAUAGUUGGGACUAGAGACCGAGCGAAAUGGAUUUUCUGAUUUCGGCCGAAGCCGAAGUUUAAAAUGACUUUCGGCCGAAACCAAAAAAAUGCUGAAAGUUAAAAAUGACUUUCGGCCAAAACUGAAGCCGCAAACCGAAAAUGAAAUAUUUAGAUAUUUUGAAAUUCGUUCUGUAUACAUUCUGCAUACAUCGAAAAUGAUGGGGUAAAGUAUAAAUAUUUACAUUUUUUAAAUAAAAAAAUGAGAUAAUCGUGAAUAUUAAUAAAUAAACGUCUAAUAUAAAAUCUUGUUGUUAAGGAUCAUUUAGUUUGUUCUUAAAGAUCGGUUAGUUUGUUCAUAAAGAUCGCUUAGUUUGUUCUUAAAGAUCAUUCAGUUUGUUCCUAAAGAACGUUUAGUUUUCUGUUUAAGAUCGCUGAGUUUAUUCUUAUAAAUCGUUUAGUUUACUAUCAAAGAUCAUUUGUUUCGUUCUUAAAGAUCAUUUAGUUUGUUCUUAAAAAUCGCUUAGUUUCUUCUUUAAGAUUAUUUCGUUUUUAGUAAAGAUCGCUUAGUUUGUUUUAAAGAUCGUUUAGUUUUUUCUUAAAUGUUGCUUAGUUUGUUGUUAAAUAUCGUUUAAUUUGUUCUCAAAGAUCGCUUAAUUUUUUCUUAAAGAUCGCUUUAUUUGUUUUUAAAGAUCACUUAAUUUGUUCUUAAAGAUCACUUAAUUUGUUCUUUAAAGAUCGUUUAGUUUAUUCUUAAAUCUCGCCUAGUUUUGUUGUUAAAUAUCGCUUUCGCUUAGUUUUGGCUGAUGACCGAAAAUCUCAAUCACUUUCGGCCAGAUGGCCAAAAGUCUAAGUCAAUUUCAGCCGCCGAAACCAAAAAAAAAAAGAAAGUUAACUUUUCUCUUUCGGCCGAAACCGAAUUGUUCGGACACACGUAGAAUAGUUGGGACACACGUAGAAUAUUUGGGACACAUGUAGAAUAGUUGGGACACAUGUAGAAUAGUUGGGACACAUGUAGAAUAGUUGGGACACACGUAUAAUAGUUGGGACACACGUAUAAUUGUUGGGAAACAUGUAGAAUAGUUAGGACACACGUAGAAUAGUUGGGACACACGUAGAAUAGUUGGGACACACGUAGAAUAGUUGGUACAAACGUAGAAUAGUUGGGACACACGUAGAAUAGUUGGGACACAAGUAGAAUAGUUGGGACACACGUAGAAUAGUUGGGACACACGUAGAAUAGUUGGGAAACAUGUAGAAUAGUUGGUGACAAGGAAGAUAUAUUCCAUUAGUUGCUGACAACGAGACCAGACUGUCCACAACUAAACCAAUCUCUAGCUACCGACCGUGACGUGUUAGUGCACAACUGAGCCAAUCUCUAGCUACCAACCGUGACGUGUUAGUGCACAACUGAGCCAAUCUCUAGCUACCAACCGUGACGUGUUAGUGCACAACUGAGCCAAUCUCUAGCUACCAACCGUGACGUGUUAGUGCACAACUGAGCCAAUCUCUAGCUACCAACCGUGACGCGUUAGUGCACAACUGAGCCAAUCUCUAGCUACCAACCGUGACGUGUUAGUGCACAACUGAGCCAAUCUCUAGCUACCAACCGUGACGUGUUAGUGCACAACUGAGCCAAUCUCUAGCUACCGACCGUGACGUGUUAGUGCACAACUGAGCCAAUCUCUAGCUACCAACCGUGACGUGUUAGUGUAAAAUGAUAUCACCUCUUAAACUUUAUUUAAGUCAGUGUGUUUCUGACGACUUGUGACUAUCUCAUCUACCUCUCCGAUGACUUACUGUGACUUACACGGCUGGUGUUAGUCAACUUCUAAUAAACAGGUCAGACCUGGGUAUAGCAUUCAUACAUUGAACUUGUAUAUAAUUUGUUGUGAGGUCUGACCUUAGUCUCAACGGCUUGAGUGUGGGUUGGAGGUUAGAUCUGACCUUGGUCUCAACGGCUUGGGGUGCGGGUAGGAGGUUAGAUCUGACCUUGGUCUCAACGGCUUGGGGUGCGGGUUGGAGGUUAGGUCUGACCUUGGUCUCAACGGCUUGGGGUGCGGGUUGGAGGUUAGGUCUGACCUUGGUCUCAACGGCUUGGGGUGCGGGUUGGAGGUUAGGUCUGACCUUGGUCUCAACGGCUUGGGGUGCGGGUUGGAGGUUAGGUCUGACCUUGGUCUCAACGGCUUGGGGUGCGGGUUGGAGGUUAGGUCUGACCUUGGUCUCAACGGCUUGGGGUGCGGGUUGGAGGUUAGGUCUGACCUUGGUCUCAACGGCUUGGGGUGCGGGUUGGAGGUUAGGUCUGACCUUGGUCUCAACGGCUUGGGGUGCGGGUUGGAGGUUAGGUCUGACCUUGGUCUCAACGGCUUGGGGUGCGGGUUGGAGGUUAGGUCUGACCUUGGUCUCAACGGCUUGGGGUGCGGGUUGGAGGUUAGGUCUGACCUUGGUCUCAACGGCUUGGGGUGUGGGUUGGAGGUUAGGUCUGACCUUGGUCUCAACGGCUUGGGGUGUGGGUUGGAGGUUAGGUCUGACCUUGGUCUCAACGACUUCCUGUUUCCUUGUCUGUUAUUCAUCAAACCACCAAAAUGGCCAAACACACAACAAUCGACCCCAUAUCCCACCUUAACAACCGAUACCCUCCCAGUAACCAGGUGUGUUGGUAGCGACCAGUAAUCUGUGACGCAAGUUGUCUUUCACCUGGUUUGACAAUGAGGUCACCAGCAUUCCUGGCCUGAAGUGGGUCAGUUGACGUCAGUUGUCAGGCUAUAGGGUAAGGCCCGGUUCGGUGGGUAACAAGACAACUUUACUUGGAUGCACUUAACCAAUGUUUUGAUGUAAGAAUGGCUAGAAAUGGCAACCACCGGUUUCUAUUUAUUAUUUAUAGGCAAUUAUAACGCACAACGGCAAUAAAAAUGAAGUCACCCUACUACAAGGUUAAAAUGCCAUGGCUUUUCUCCGCUAUCUGUUUGGCGUAGCACAGUGGUUCCCAAACUCCAGACGCCGGUUCUUCGCUACAAUGGUGUAGGGAAAAAUUACAUAAUUUUCUUAAUUUUAUAUCCACUUUCAUUCCAAUGCGACAGGACGCGACCUCUAGCGGACCUGGUGCAAACCAUUAACUCACACGAGUAAUUAGGGGCGUAGAAAGGGGGGUGGGGGGGGAGGGGGGCCUGGCGGUACUUUUUUCUUUCUUCUUUAUACGGAGAGGCGGCAUUUUCGACCAACUGUGGAGUUUUUUUGUAGUAGAAAGGUGGCCCGCCCCGGGCGUCACUACUAGCUACGCCACUGUGGGGAGUAGUUACUCUUAUUGAACUUAGGCAGAAAACUAACUGCACUUAAAAUUAUAUGCAUAAAAUUACAAUGGUUGCAGUUAAAGAUAAUAUUUUAAAGUUUAACUUUAUUCAAUCCUAACUUCUGGAAGUUGUUUUUAUUUGUUUGUUUUUUUUAAUACAUUUUAAGUUAACUGAUUCCAUUUGUUCCGCCGAGGAGUGCUAUGUUAUUUCAGCUGCCAUAUUGACCUGCAGCAAGCUUGUUAUUUCAUGCCGUGAAAAGAAAAUAGCUCUCACAUUAGAGACAGGCGGAAUGUGUUGUUUCUGGUCUGGAACGAAAGCAAACCGCGAAAGUUACAAAUGUCUUGAGACCGAAGCCGAAAUCCAAAGCUUAACGAGACAGAUGGGUGUAUUUCAUAGUGAUUCAUAACUUUGGUUGUUAAGGAGGUCCACGGGGCAACAUAUCCAUGUUUAUAUAUGGCUGCGACUAUUCGUACCCGGGUACCAAAAGUGAGAGGUUGGGAUUAAAAAACUAUUUAAAAUAUUAUUGUUGGGUUUGUAAGACAAAAUGAAGUAUCAAAAGAGAGAUAAUUGAAUGGACUAUAUGUUUGUAAACUUACUUCUUCAGUUUAGCUAAAAUAAACGACCACAAAUGACAUCCGAAUAGCAUGGAGUCAAAAUGGACCCAUACACGCAGCGCCGCCAUUCGCACCCGGGUACCAAUACCAAUAGUUUUUUAAUCCCAACCUCUCACUUCUCGUACCCGGGAACGAAUGGCCACUUCGAUAUAUAAUUGUUUAAAUUAAAACUGAGAAUAUCCGGUAUCGUGAAUUCUGUUAGAUACCGGUACACAUCUAAUGAAUACUUUGGCAACUACCAUUUGCAUUAAAGAUUAUUUUAAAGUUUUUAAAAAUGUAUUGUAAAGUAUAAUGGUAAGAGAAAAUUUUGACCGUGGGGGGGGGGGGCGCAAAAGUCAUGCAAAAUAGACUAUUGGGCGCCCUUUGCUUUAAUAAUUUAUUUUUAAAAAUUAAUUACAAGGCUACUGAGACGUAUUUGGCAUCGAUCGAAAACUUAGCCGAUCUAUUGAAUUUAUUGUUAAUGGUAUCGUCCACUAAAAUGACUAGACACAAUCAUAAACCUAGAAUGAACUGUUCUGUUGCCCUCGGGUCAGAAACCUACGGCUCUUUGAGCUUUCUCCUAACGCUGGGCUACUUUUAGUUACUGUGGUGCCGGCAAUGAGGGACAUCCGGCAUUGUCUAGCUGCACCAAGCAGCUCGAUGCCACCUUUGCUUGCCUGACUAGCUGCACCAAGCAGCUCGAUGCCACCUUUGCUUGCCUGACUAGCUGCACCAAGUAGCUCGAUGCCACCUUUGCUUGCCUGACUAGCUGCACCAAGUAGCUCGAUGCCACCUUAGCUUGCCUGACUAGCUGCACCAAGUAGCUCGAUGCCACCUUAGCUUGCCUGACUAGCUGCACCAAGUAGCUCGAUGCCACCUUAGCUUGCCUGACUAGCUGCACCAAGUAGCUCGAUGCCACCUUAGCUUGCCUGACUAGCUGCACCAAGUAGCUCGAUGCCACCUUAGCUUGCCUGACUAGCUGCACCAAGUAGCUCGAUGCCACCUUAGCUUUCCGGGCUCGUUGUUCAGAAAGCCCUUUACUUAUUUCAUAUUUCUUCUUUCGUUUUCAAAUGUGCUUUUUACAAUAAAAAUAAAAACGUUUUCAUUCCGAUCUUUUGAAACUUUUCCUGAAGUCUAUUUUUCAUAAUAAUACCUAGGCAUUGUAUAAAAUGCCUAGGCAAAGAUGUAACAUAAAAUCAAAUAUUUCAUACUUUCCCUAAAAACUGCAGGCAUUCUAUGUAAUUUCUAGGCAUUCUAUACAACUGCAUUCACGCAUUGCCGUUAACAACUAUAUCAAAAUAUAAUAUCCGACUCUUUGUUGUGAUAAAGUCCCUGACCCCACACAUGUUCGCUGAGACAAGCGUUCUUAUUGGUCGACAUUUUAACUUUUCGUUUAUCCGCAUUUACCAUUGGUUGGGCUUCUAAUUUUAGAUAUGACCCAGAUUGAGCAGUAGGCCUACUACAUAAUUAUUAGGAAAUUGAUACUUGACACAGGCACAUACCGGUAUGUGUGUAGGCUUAUGAUUAAAAUUAAAGGCUUAAGUAUACCCGAUUCAAAUAAAAAUGAUCUAUUUUUAUGAUUGCACAAGGUUCAUUAUUCUCUUUCUUUACAUGUGUGUCUAUACUCAUGCAUGUGAUUAACCAUGUGUGUGUUUUUUUUUAUUUAUUUAUUGUCAAUGGCAUGAUAAAGAUGAAUGUCAAUGAAUAAAUUCAUUAAAUAAACUUGGGGCAUAGGGUUCCCAAAUUAUUAUAUUUUAACAAAAAAUAAUGUAAGUAUUAACAUUCCCCUAGAUUUUUUUCCCCACAAAACAUUACUAUUUACCUUUUCCUUAGCCUAAUUUAAAUUUAAUUUGGUUGAAAUAUUGGACAAAUAGGUCAUCAUUCAUGCAGCUGUGACAGCCUGAAAUCUCGUAGACCAGCGAAAGCUUAAAUUACUUUUGACCGAAAAUCAACCGAAAAUUGACUUGUUCUGUUUUGAUCCAAAAUGAUCAUACGGCAACGUUCGGCGCUGAAACCGAAAUGAGUUCGGCAUCUAUCUGAAAUCCCAUCCUUUCAUUGACUACCGCCCUACUUGACCAAUUUAGUUCUACUCCUCCACACAAGUUCGCCUAUUUUGUUCCUCCCAAUAUUUCUAUUUAACAGGGUGAGAAUAAAAAAUAAAGUCUUUUACUUAUGUUCUGUGAAGCUCGUCUUUGAUAGAAAGUUUUUUGUUUUUUUUUUCUUCAUUCAAGAUGCUUGUUGUUGUUGUUUUUGUUGUUUUUUUUGUUUUUAUUGUUUUUUUUGUUUUGUUUUUUUUUUGGGGGGGGGGGGGUUUUUUUUUUUUUUUUUUUUUUUUUUUUUUUGUUUUUUUUUUUUUUUUUUUUUUUUUUUUUUUUUUUUUUUUUUUUUUUUUUUUUUUUUUUUUUUUUUUGGGGGGGGGGGGUCUUUUUAAACCGCCAGGUGUCAUGUCUUCUUCUUCCCCUGUUUUAACUGCCAGGUGCGAUGUAUACACCAGGGUAUGUUAUUAACAUCGACACCGCCCACACAUCGACCAGCAGCAGUAACAAAAUGGACAACAAUCUUUGCCGUGAACUGGGGACGUUGUUUCAUGGUUUAGAUAAGUCCUGGUGAGGGGCCGUCCAUAAAGUACGUCACGCAUUUUUGGACCAUUUUUAGCCCCCCCCCCCCACCUGUCACAUUCUGUCACAAAUCUCUGACCCACCCCCACCCCCCCUAAAGUACGUCACACUUUCGAAGAAACUGGUGAGGGGCCGUCCAUAAAGUGCGUCACGCAUUUUUGGUCAAUUUUUAGCCCCCCCCCCCCACCUGUCACAUUCUGUCACAAAUCUCUGACCCACCCCCACCCCCCCUAAAGUACGUCACACUUUCGAAGAAUUUUUUUAAAAAAAUUAACACCUAAUUAAAAUUUAAUCUAAAACACACUUCACUAUUAAACUGUAUUAAAAUAUAAAAUUUCCACUUAAAAGAACUAUCACAUUAUAAAAAUGACUUUAAUAGUAGAAUAGUUAAUUGUCAACAGUUGUCACAGUUAUUCAUUGAAGCAAUAACUCAAUCUAGAUUGAAUUUGAAAACAAAAAUUGCAAAAAUUAGACUAGACAAUUAGAUAAAUAAUAUAAUACACAUCAUUUAUCUGCUGCUUUUUCAUUUACAAUAGGUGAGGUCAAGUUUUAUAUAAUUUCUGAUUAUGCAAUCUUUUUACACAGGAUUAGAAGUAGAUUAGCGAAACUUGACCUCACCCAGUGAUUAAAUAAUAAAAAGGACAGUGACAUAAUUAUGCAGCGGACAACAUAGAAAUAAUAAUACUUCAGGCAUAACGAAAGCAAUGCUUCGCAACAGCAGACUAGCGCUCCUAGCGAGAAGAAUCGUGAACAACACAUUAAGGAGAUACGCAUUUCAUGCUAUUUUGACUAAUGAUACACACAAUUUUUGAAAAAAAGUAUUUUUAAAGCUAUUAAAUUCCACUAAAAAAGUAAUAAAUAAUUAGAAAUAAAAUUAUUAAAAAAUAUGUGACGUCACACAUGGCCUGACCCCCCUCUCACAAACUGUCACACUUUCUUACACCCCCGCCCCCGUCUUGAGCGUGACGUACUUUAUGGGCGGCCCCUGAUGAAAAGAAUUGGGGGGGGGGGUGUAAUUGAUUAUGAUAAGGACUUUAUUCGAGUAUGUAGCUGGAAUUGAUCUCAAACAAGGAACCAGUGAUUGUAACGCAACAAUAACGACUUUACACGGUUUCUUAUAGUGAAUGGAGUGUGUCAUGGAAGCUUUGAAACAAUGCAUUAUUUGCAUUGUGUGUCAUCGAAGCUUUGAAACAAUGCAUUAUUUGCAUUGUGUGUCAUUUCUUUUUCAAGGCGAGGAGAGCUUCAUUUGGCCCCGCGGGUUGUAGUUUGCCCACCCCGUUUUAAAGGAAUGAAACGUGUGAGCCACAAAACGUGGGCUUAGUUUCCCAAUACAUUUGGUUGGUUGGUAUAUUAGUGCCCCUCCCACCCACUGACAUACCCACGGCUGUCUGUUGGCUGCUUGUCUCUGACAGCUGUCUGUUGGCUGCUUGUCUUUGACAGCUGUCUGUUGGCUGCUUGUCUUUGACAGCUGUCUGUUGGCUGCUUGUCUUUGACAGCUUUCUAUUGGCUAGGUCUUCCUGCCUCAUGCACCCUCCGACACUGCCUCAUGCACCCCCGACAUUGCCUCAUGCACCCCGACACCCCUGCCUCAUGGACCCCGACACCCCUGUCUCAUGCACCCCGACACCCCUGCCUCAUGCACCCCUAACCCCAGCUUGUAUCUGACAUGACUGUGUGUGCUUUUACUCUGCAUUGGGUGACAUUGUUUUGUUCUCUGAAAGCAUUCCUACAUUAAGCAGUGGGCCUAGUGCUACUAAAGCAGUGAGCCAAAUGCUACUAAAGCAGUGGGCCAAGUGCUACUUAAGUAGUGGGCAUAGUGCUACUAAAGCAGUGGGCCUAGUGCUACUUAAGUAGUGGGCAUAGUGCUACUAAAGCAGUGGGCCUAGUGCUACUAAAGCAGUGGGGCUAGUGCUACUUAAGUAGUGGGCCUAGUGCUACUAAAGCAGUGGGCCUAGUGCUACUAAAGCAGUGGGGCUAGUGCUACUUAAGUAGUGUGUCCAGUGCUACUAGUUGUAUUAUGAUCAAGUUUAUUUCAAACAAAUCAAACCAAUUUCACUUGUUUAUUGAUGCCAUUGAUCAUCAAUAUUUUGUUGGGUAGAACUAUUUGAAGGGAUCAUUUGAUAUCUGAUUGUAAUCUUUUGAUCAUGUGUAGGUUUGCAGAGAUAAAACCUAAAGUCUUGUACAAUUGUUUAAUAUAAUCUGUAAGACUUGUGUAAACCUCCAUGUCAUUAGGCAUUUCACUCGUGCAUUUUUGCUAACAAUUUCUUUCUUCUUUGACUCUCAGGGCAAGCAUUUCAUGGCGUCCACCGGUAAGAUCAGCGAAGGAAUUCUUCUCGGCAUGGGCAACCCACUGUUGGACAUGAGCAUCACUGGAGACCUAAAGCUUCUGGAGCGUUAUGGGCUGGCUCCCAACAACGCGGUGCUGGCCACCCCAGAACAGCAUGAAAUCUACCACGAGAUAGUGGAGAGCUACCGGCCGGUCUACAUUGCGGGAGGAGCCACACAGAACAGCAUUAGGGUGGCUCAGUGGCUCAUACAAGUUCCCAAUGCUACAACAUUCUUUGGUGCCGUGGGGGAUGAUAAGUUUCGGCUCAUCCUGGAGGAUGCCGCCCGAAGUGUUGGGGUCAAUGUUAGAUACCAGGUGCACAGAGGAGGUAAGACAGGAGUGUGUGCAGCCAUUAUAACAGGAGAGGAUCGGUCUCUCAUCACAGAACUUGGAGCCGCACAAAACUUUAGUGUGGAUUUCCUGAAGCAACCAGACAACUGGCUGUACGUAGAAAAAGCAAAGUUUUACUACAUUGGUGGCUUUCUGCUGACAGUAUGCCCUGAAGCAGUUCUAUAUGUGGCCCAGCAUAGCUCAACCUUUAAUAAGACUCUUAUCAUGAACCUUCAUGCCACUUUUCUUUGUGAGAUUUUUGCUGAUUCCAGCUUGGGUUUGAUGCAGCAUGUGGAUGUCCUGUUUGGUAACAGUGAUGAAGCCAGGGCGUUCUCCGAGGCCAUAGGAUUUGGUACAAGCGACAUCCAGGAAAUAGCUCUCAAAACAGCCGCACUUCCCAAAUUGAACCCAGAGCGUCCCAGGAUUGUGAUAUUUACACAAGGCAAAGAUCCAACUUAUAUUGUGGCCGAAGGCAGAGUUCAGGAGCUGCCGGUGGCACAAGUGGAUCCAUCUCUCAUUAAGGACACCAAUGGAUGCGGGGAUGCCUUUGUGGGGGGGUUUCUGUCUCAGUUAGUCCAGGACAAGCCACUGCCAGAAUGUCUAAGAUGUGCUGACUAUGCCGCCAAGGUUGUCAUCCAGCAUUUUGGCUGCACAUAUGAUGAGCAUCCUCAUUUUAUUUAAGAACCACCACUUAAAAACCUUAUGUUGCCCAUUUGUUUGACAUCUUUCUUUGGCUUAUCCUUAACUUUGAUCAGAUUUAAACUUCUUAUUUUAUUUUGGUGAAAGCAUUUGUUUUAAAAUAGUUUGUUUUAAUGAACUCCAACGAAUUUGAAUUAGAACUUUGAAGGAUAACUCUAUGUUCCUGAGGAUUGUACAUAGAAACAUUAUUUAUUGCAAACAAUGAAUGCAGUAUCUACAUGUAGGCGUGUCCACAUGACACAUGUGUAGCAAUGGAUGCAGUAUCUACAUGUAGGCGUGUCCACAUGACACAUGUGUAGCAAUGGAUGCAGUAUCUACAUGUAGGCGUGUCCACAUGACACCUUUGUUGUUUAAAACAUGACUACCCUGACAUCAAGAUAAUAUUAAUUCUACUUUAACUGCAUGUAUUUAAAAAAUCAAAAUUUUGGGUCACUGACGAUACACUUUUAGUAACUUCCAUCCACCUAUUUAUUAGAUAUGCCUCACCUAAACUUUUUUUUUUUUAAUUCAAUCCUUGUGACGUGGCCCUUGAGUUGUUGUUUUUUUCAGCAUCUGUUGAUUUUAAUGUGGCUUCAAAGUAAUGAGGAAAGUCUUCAAAUAAUAUCACAAAUCAAUGGAAUUUUGGAAUGAUGGCAUGUAGACAAAUAUCUCUUUAAAAAUAUUAAAAUGCAGCCCCAGUGGUACCACCUAAUUGCUGAACCAUGUCAUGAUGAUAUUUAUAUACAUGAGGUUUUUAACACAUAUUGGAAACAUCCUUAUAAAAGAAUUUAAAUAAUAUAUUUUGCUGUCAUCUAUUUACCAAGUUCUCAGAUUAUUGUACAAAUAACUUUUUUUGAAAAAUCUUUUAUUGUUAUGUAUUUCUGUCCUCUGAAUCUCAAUGUCCUCUUUAAUCUUUGUGAUUUCAAUGAUACUGUACUUAACAAAUCCGCUUUAAUCUAAAACAAUGAAUGUGUUGAUGUCAGAUCCUACCCUAGGAUCCCAUAGAUUUAUAGUCUACUGUUCUUUGUAUGUUAUUUGCGGAAAGUUAUGUUCAUUAGUUAGAACUGUCUUACCCUAACCAGGAAACCAUGUUUAUUUCUUGUAAUGCUGUUAAAUGGAUUUUGUAUGCAAAGCAUGAAUGUGAUAUUAUCUGGUCCAUCCUUUAGGUAAAGAAGAGUCAAAUUUAUGGAGAACAAGUCUUGGGCUUUUGAACACAUCUAGUUUAAAACAUGUCUAGAUAACACAUGGAGAAUACAACAUGACUAGAUAAUAACAUUUAUAUUAUCUUACUAUCACUUGUUUCUUUUUGUAAGUGGAAAAACUUUUGACUGAGAACUCAGCUACUCUCCAAAAUAUUUCUUCAUCUCUGUAUUUCAUCUUAUGUUAGAUUUUCUUAAAGCUUUUUUUAACAUAUCUUUAGUUUUUUAGUUGAAAAUGUUUGAAAGGAAAUUGAUGUGCACCUAAAUUUACAGGUAAUUUUUUUUUUUUUUUUAUAAGAAGCAGCAAAAUAUUGUGGAAAAGAAGGAUUUUUAAAUUAUUUAUUUUAACUUGUAACUGAACGACAAUAGUUUAAAGAAACUCUUUAGCCAAACUUAAGUUCUUCAAUGAAUGCUCCCUAAUACCAUUGGAAGGUCAGAAGGUCAUCAAACAAAAUGUGAUAUGCCUGUUGAAAUGAAAUUUUCUUUAAAUAUUUUUUUUUUUUUUAAUCUUUUGGAUAUUUUUUAGUAUAAAAAGUUGUUUUUUGUGGUAGAUUUAGAUUAGUUGUAUAUGAAUGAAUAUCUGUUGUGGGUUGUUGUAAACUAGUUUUGCUUAUAUCUGACUUAUAUUCUGAUGAUUAAAAUUAGACAUGUUGUGGUCUGUAGGAGACUAUAUCAUGUCAUAAUUCAACAGAGCUAGAGCUACCGUUAAAGGUUGUAUGCCAGUGUGUAGGCAAUUGUUGGCACCUAAUCGUUCCAUUAUUCAAUUAUUGCUCAAAGCUUGUUGAAUAACUGUCAGAUAAUGAAGUAUAUUGUGCCUGUUACACUUUGCGCUUGUAUGGGAUCAUUGAGAAAAUAUGCUUACAGAAAGGGGGAAAAAAACUGUCUGGACUAGAAUUGGAGUUAAAGUUGGUCUAAUAAAGUCUAAUUUAUUUCUUACCUUAUUAUAGCAUUUUAACUGGUGGCAGCCUUAAUAUAAAGAAUAAAACUAAGAGUGAUUAUACAUACAUGUACACACAAUAUCUUCUCCAUGGUAUUGUUGAUGCAUUCAGGCUUUAAAUACUCAUGAAUGUCUAAAACUAGAUUAGUAUAACACUAUUAUACAAGUGACUUGUACAUGCUUAUCAUUUAUAGAGAUCAAUGUGAAGCAUACCAGUGAUCAAUAUCAAACAUACUAGUGACUCGGAAAUGGCAUGUUAUGAAGUUAAAACACUAUUUAUUGACUCUUCUAUUCAUCAAGUUACAUGUAGAAAUAUCUGUAUAAAUAUAUUGUGAGUGUGUUACAACAGGAAAAAUCAUAAUUGAUAUUUUCCCUAACGACCGUCAUUGGUUCCAAAUAUAUAUUUUUUUACGAUCACUGAUCGAAUUUAAACAAAAUUAUCCAAGCCUGGCAUAGAAGAUUUUUAAUUAAAAUUUGAUCGGCAGAUAGAAUAAGCAAAAUAGAUGUAAAAUUAACCUGCGUCUGAGGAUGCUGAUUUUUGGUGUUUCCACAAAAUAUCUUAUGUUAUUAGUGUUCAAUAAUUUUAUUAUUGUUUUUGCUAGUUCUAGAAUAUUUCACACAUUUUGAAACCAUGACAAAUUCGUGUUUUAACUGGUGUUCUAGUUUAAAUACACUUUAAGUUUUUCUGGAUUUUACAAAUAUAAGCCUAGGAUCUGAUUGGUUCAAUCAAUUUGUAUAUAUUUCUGUAUAAAGUGUAAAAAGCUGAAUAUCCAACAUUCUUUGGUAAACACAUUAACUCUAAUCUUGACUAUAAUAAGACUAAGAGUGUAAGUGAAACACUUUAAAUGUAGUUACCGUAUUUUCCGGCGUAUAAGACAACUGGGCGUAUAAGACGACCCCCGACUUUUUCUAUUAAAAUCUAUGGUUUGGGCUGUAUACCAGCUCAUAAGAUGACCCAUGGCGUAUAAGACGACCCCCGACUUUUGAAAAGAUUUUCAUGGGUUAAAAAGUCAUCUUAUACGCCGGAAAAUACGGUAUGUAGAUUGUUGUAAUGUAUUAGUUUUUAGUUAAAGACGGUUUGAUGUUAGAUGUUGAUGUAAAGUCAAGGCGUUUUUAAAAAUUAAGGAAUGGUUCCAUAUGGAAUGAGGAAUGGGAGUAGAUUUUAUUGAGCCUGCCUGUGUAAGGGAAUGGUUCCAUAUUGAAUGCGAUUGAGAAAUGGGAGUAGAUUUUAUUGAGCCUGUCUGUGUAAGGAUCUUCAAAAUGGGCUCGGCAACCUUCAAGGCAUGUGUCCUACAUGGCUGGAGGCCGAUGUCUGGAUCUUCCUUAACUGGUCUUUACCUGUGCUAAGCUGACUUAAGGUGUUGUCUAGUCUGGAAAUUGUGGUAAAUGGUUAUGGUGUAAGUUCUAGGAUGCUUUCAGAAGGUGUAAGGCCUGGAAUGUUGGUCAGGAGGCAUACGUCCUGGAAUGUUGGUCAGGAGGCAUACGUCCUGGAAUUUUGGUCAGUGAAAGAAGGGAUUAGUUGAUUUUUUUCUGUCUCAUUUGCAGAGGGAACAGGUUGGUGUUCUGUCUUAUGUGUAGUAGGAUGAGAGGGAACAGGUUGGUGUUCUGUCUUAUGUGUAGUAGGAUGAGAGUGUAGUUAAAAUUUGAGUGCAGUUGGAUGUGCGAGUGAAUUUGGAUGAGAGAGUGUAGUUGAAUGAAGGACUGUAGGUGGAUCAGUAAGUGUAUUUGGAUGAGUGAGUAUAGUUGAAUUGAAGGACUGUCGGUGGAUGAGUGAGUGUAGUUUGGAUGCAGCGGCGUCACUAGGGUUGGUGUCACACAAUGUGGUAAAUUCAUGGUGUCCCCCCUUCCAGACUUCCUCCGUCACUGCAUGCUGUGGUUGCUCGGGUGGAAAUUUUACCUGAUGCAAUCUGAUAUUAUUAUUAUUAUUAUUACUAUUAGAGGUCUUACAUAGUGGUACCCUGUUCUUUAUAGUAACACCCUGUUUUUCUCUUGGCAACCUUAUCAGGUGGCACGCUACUCUUGUAUUAAAUUUAUGAAAUAUAAGAAAAAGGUCUGCUGAACUUGAAUAAAUGGACAGGACAAAAGAUUUGGACGUUUCGGCUCAGAGCCUUCAUCAGACCUGUUAACUUUUACAAUUUUGGCGUACAAUGUACGAUUUUGAGGUGUAUACUUUAUACAUAUUGCAUGUUUAUAUUUUGGUAUAAAGAUAAUGUAUUGAACAAUUUUUUGAUAUUAAGACGAUUUUAAGAGUUAGAGGGUAAACAGGUGUGCUUCAUCAGCAAAUCCAAAUCUUUUGUCCUGUCUAUUGAUUCAAGUUUAGCACACCUUGUUCUUCUAUUUCAUCUCCACAACUUGAAUUCAGUCCAUUAAUUAUCUUUUAUUAAAUUUAUAUCUGUUAUGAACCCUACUCUAUCCAGCUCUAUCAAAUUUGCAAUUUUCCUUUUGGUGUCAGCCCCUGUGAGGGUCUCUUCCCGUUUCUCCCCCCCCCCCCCAUGAGGGAGUCACCCACAGUGCUGUCUGCACCCCCUAGUGGCAUUACUGUUUAUUUUAUUAAAUUUUUAUCUGUUUUGAACCCUACUCUAUCCAGCUCUAUCAAAUUUGCAAUUUUCCUUUUGGUGUCAGCCCCCGUGAGGGUCUCUUCCCGUUUCUCCCCCCCCCCCCCAUGAGGGAGUCACCCACAGUGCUGUCUGCACCCCCUAGUGGCAUUACUGUUUGAUGUGUAACUCUAGUUGGAUGAGUCCUGUGGUUUUUGGGAUCUGGUCUCAGCAUGUGUGUAAUCAUCUUCCUGUGGAACUCAUAACCCAUCCAUUUAUGAGGAUAUGACAGAGAAAGUUGAGCUGUCUGUGUAACAGUAGGACAUAACUAGUUGGGCUGUCUAUUUCACAGUAUGACAUAUUUCGCUGGACUGUGUUUGAAUGUAUGACUUUACUCUUUUCCAAGUACAGGUCACUUGAGAUUUUUUAUAAUGUUAUCACAGACAUAUUAAAUUCUGUUUAAUUUUCUAAAGAUAUAGUGCCAUAUAAUUUAUUCAUUAUGACUUACAAUGCUGCAUGUUUUUAAACCUUCCCUUUCUAGAGUGUAAAAAAAUUCCUGCUAAAACAUUUCAUCACUUAAACCACACUAACUUUUUUAAUGUACUUUUUGUAAUAACAUAUUUCUGCGAGACAGCUCUUUGCCAUGUAUCAACAGUCAGAAUUAUUACACAUUUUGUCCAUCGCUUUAUAGAUGCAUAUAUUGUCAUUGUAUGUAUAUCCAGUUGAUUUUUUUCAAAAGACUAAUGUCUAAAAAAUUAUCUCAGGGGUUCUCAUCUUUCUAGCCAAAUCAGGCGGUCAUCACCUUGCACAUAUGAGAACUAAUUGGCAUAUGGUACCACAUUAAAGUCUUUGAUUUUGUUUUAUAAAAAAAGCAAAAUGCUCACUAGAUUAACUGCUUAUUCUAAAUUUAAUUAUUUAUUAAAAUUGUAAGGACAUGGUUAUUGUAACGGUUGUUUGUUUUUCUUUUGUUUUUUUUAAAUUUGCAAUAAAAUUAGCUAGUCAAAACAAUUAAGUAUAAAACAUGAGAAUGCUUAUAUUCCAUAGAAUGGAGCUGUCUGUCAUGAUAUAGGGUGAAGCUAUCUGUCAUAAUUUUAAUAUAUAAUUUUAAUGUAUGCCCAUUAGUUCUCUCCUCCCCCAUUUUUCUUCUUUUAUUUCAUGAUGCACUGGAUCACUGAGAGCCAAGUCACUGGUUUGAGAAGGCUUAUCUCCCUUGGUUCAUGGUUCAGCCUCUGACAAUUACAUUGUUACUGAAAUAUUAACUUUAUUUAUUGUCUGUAUAAGAUUCACACCAAAUUGUUGGCUAUUAUGUUCUGCUUGACUAUCAAAAAUGAUAGGCUGAACGGACUUUUCAACAGUAGAAAGUAACAAAUACCAGAUUUUAGAAAAGCCAUUGAGUUUUGUUGUUGAGUGUAGCUGACUGUAAACUCAGGACAGCUCUCAGUGACCAGAUCAAAGGAUGAUAUCCCGGUUGUAAUGUACAGUCCCAUCAUGGGAACUCACUCACUUUACAUUUUCUGUCAUUGGAAACAUUUAGUGUAUUUUCGCAUUUAUUAUCUGCCUUAUUGCCUAAUGUACAACAGCCGUAUAGAAGAAGUUGUCAGGAAGUUAGGAUAGACUGUUGUAAGCUGUUAGCUUGGUGAAUCUAGGAAAAAGAGCAAAUGUGUAUGGGAUAUGAGAGAGUGAGUUUUUACUGAAUAGUCUGAAUACUUUGUAGGAGCAUCCACCCGUUAAAUUACAAUUAAUAAGUCACCUUUUAAUGUCGUAUGUAUUUUAAUCCAUCAAGUAGGAUCCAUAAUGAACACACAUUUUUUAACACAAUCUCAAGAAUCCCUGAGAAAACACCAUAAAUCUCACAAAAUAAAGUCCAGGUCACCAAUUUUCCAACAGAUAGGUCAUUCUCAUGAUUCUCAUGUAAAAAUAAACCAUUAUUGGAGAAUUGUUAGAAGCACUGUGACGUACAUAUACCAUAUUAUUAUCAAAUUUUAUAUUAAGCAUAGUUGCCUCUCUUUACCAGGAAUUUCACAAUACCGUAAACAUAACACAAUUUUUCUUUCAUCAUCCGUAAUUUUCUUAAUUCAAAUAAUUGAAAUAAAGUCUAUAAAUUUUUAAUAUUUAAAAAAAAAGCAAAACAUGAUAAUCCACAAAUGCAAAAUUAAAAAGUCAUCCACGUGUGUGCACUAUGUCAUUACUAUUGAAACCUUUCCUGACCAUAAAUAAUAAUGAAAAAACAAAAUGUAGCAUUUAAAACAUAAUUAUUCAGAUAUUUUUUGAGUAUGUUACUUCUGAUUUUUUUGUAUGUGAGUUUGUAACAUAAAAUCAGACCACACAAAGUUCUUAGUACCGUCAUAAACAAUUCCAUUGAAUGCACCACCUGAAAUUGUUGGAAAUAAAUUAUUGGUAUCAUAGUAACUAUAAGGACUUUUUUUUAAAGUUGAAAUUAUUGUUUAAUUGCUGCUGCUUUUUUGAUUUUAAGUUCACCAAUUUUUGUUGUUGAAAAUGGGAAAACAUUUUGAAUGAAAACACCGGCUUUUAUUUUAUGAACAUCAGACUGUUUUGAUGUUGUGUUUAUUAAUAACAGGCUUGGUACGUCAGAAUAAUUGUUUGACUUUUUAGGUUAAAUUUCAUUUGUUUUCUUAUUUGUGAAAUGACAUGUAUGAAUAAUCCUAAUUGUAUAGAGGGCAAUGCUACACAAUCUGUAAUAAAUAUGACUGUUGUAACUGUGACUUGAUCUGCCUUCCAGCAACUAGAAAAUCAGAUGUGGCUAAUCAUCUCCCAUCUGAGCAUUAAUUUCGCCCAUCCCACCUUUCUCUGUCUUUGUCAAGUUUCUAUGGUGAUUGAUACAACAUGUAUGAAGGAAUACACUUUCGCAAAAUACUUUCAAGAAGGGAAUUAAACAAAUAAUUUCUUAUAUACAAUUUAGUUGACUUUUAUGUUUCUUUAAAUACAAUAAUUGUAUUGUCAGUUCAACUGUACAUUUCUGGAUUUUAUUUUUGUGUGUGUGUGUAUGUAUACAUGUGUAAUAUAUAUAAAAUUAUAUGAGCUAUUACUAGCAUGUGGUUAUUAGAGUCCCAGAAGACCAAAUAACAAAAUAGAUUAUUUAAAGCCUAAGUAAACCAAGUUGAAAUUCACUUAUUUGGCUGCUUGAUAUUCAUGUCCAUUUAUUUUAUGAUUCUGAGAUUUUCUACUUAUACAAGUUUUUCUUUAGGUGGGUAACACAGGUGGCAAGAAUUUCUUUAUAGUGCUUUACCCAAUCAAUGUCAAUGUAUAGAUCCUGGAACUCUGUUUUGAAAUGCUAAAAGCUUACAGGGACGAGCAACAUAACUUAAAUGGACCCAGAGGCCUUCAUGUUAGAAUUUCACAAGAUAGAAAUAUUCUUGAUGAGCAGCUCUGACACAUCCCUAUUCUUUAAGUUUUUAACUCAGCGUUUCCCAAACUAUUAAGUUUCACGGACUGGUGGACAAGUUUCGAAACUGCACCAAGGACCGUUGCCAGAUUUAUUAAUUAAAUUUUCUUUCUAUUUAAAGAUCAAUAUUCAUGCUUUCUGGACCAGUAACGUAAGGCUUGCGGACCGGUGCCGUUCCACGGACUGGUGCCGUUCCACGGAUCACCAUUUGGGGAACGUUGCUUUAACUAACUAAAUGUUUCAUGCUAAAAUAGCAUCUUCAAAUUUCUUAUGCAAUCAAAACAAAGUGCCGGGUAUUUCAAAAAUGGGGAUUGAGCAUUGCCCAAUUCACAGCUACUGUUACAGGCUAAUCCUACAGAGGAUGAGUCUCAUGUUAUAGAGUUGUUAUAUGGUAGUGCCCCACAGUUGAGGCAUGCUGAUCACCAUCAAGAGCACCUACCUGGGCAAGAUUAGGGACAAGUACGAGUUAGAACUACUUAUCCUUGAAAAAGUGAACAAAUUUUUUGAUUAUUCCAAAAUGUAAAGUUUCAUUCGUAUGCAUUUCCCCAAAACAGCUUGUUGAACGUAUUGAAGCUGUACAAAUGAUUGCUCUCAAUAUUUCUGUUCCACUGAAAUAAGAUUCUGUCUUUCUGUUUUUUUUUACAGGUCCAAAUCCUUGCAGGCAUAGAUAAAGGUAAACAAGGUUUGGUGUGUACAACAAUCAAGGAGAGGAAUUGGUGCUAUGUGGAAGGACUCAACUGUGUGAGUUACAAUUAAAGCCCAUUGGAGAUCAGCUCAAUACACCAAAAACGUUAUUGGAUAUCAGCUCAAUACACCAAAAACAUUAUUGGAUAUCAGCUCAAUACACCAAAAACGUUAUUUGAUAUCAGCUCAAUACACCAAAAGUCCUUCACUUAAUAUAAUUUCGAUUUUUAAAAAUAAAAAUAAAUCCAUUUUUUAAGUACUACAAUUUGUUUCUUUACAAUAAAUCACGUAGAAAAUCUGUUUGCCUGUAGUGUAAUAUAAUUGGGCUUAUCUCAGCUACAUGUAGUAUAUAAACAUAGUAUUAAAUAUUUAUAUUGUUUGUUUUAAUUGUAAAAUGUUAUUGUUAAAUGAUGGGAAACAACCCCUAAAAACAAAGUUUUUCGUAUUAAAUCCUUUAUAUGCUUUUUUUUAUAUUUUAUUUUAAUUUUCUAAUGUCCCACCUGUUUUUAUACCGCAUAUUUAUUUCACCAUUUCAGAAAAACCAACAAAAAUGUUACGCACCUAACGCUCUUGGGAUAUUUUUUUUAAAGAAUCUCAUUUAGCGCAGUUAUUAAGAAUUUUAUUUCAUAAAAUUAGUUGCAUCGUAGUUCCUUCAUCUUUCCUUUGAAAAAAAAAGGAAAAACUGAUUUUUGGAGGUUGGGGGUGGGGCUGAAAAUUUGAUACAAUGUGUUGACGACGAGUCUAUGUGCCAAGUUUCAGCUCAAUAGGUUGUUGGGAAGUGGCUCAGCUAGCCAUCCAAAGAUUUUGCCCUAAACCCUCAAAAGCAAAGUUAAUCUAAGGGAUUUAAUUGUUCGGGCAGAAAAAAAUAGCUUUGAAAAAAAAUUUAUGAAAAGUACCUAAAGAUGUUGAUCACUUUUUUUAUUUUUCAGAUUUUUAAGUGGGUCGGCAAAAGUGCCACAAACCCUGGUGUCAUAACAAAAGUUGAGAAACCACUCCUGGUCACAUCAGAAAUAUCUCUGUUAGACCCAAGUGAUUUGUAAGCAACUUUCUUACUUUAGCUGUACAUUCAAUAUUUCCAAAUUUUACUACUCAUCACACAAGUGUAAGCAACUAUCGUAACUUUAGCUGUACAUUCAAUGAUUCCAGCUAUAUUACUGCAAAUCAAGCAUUGAGAGCAACUUUUAUUUUUGUUGCUAUUCAGGGAUUAGAUGGAUUAUUGCAAAACGAAGAAUAAAUAUGUAUGAUUAUAAAUAUUCUUAUAUACGUUGAAAAUCUCGUUAGACGAGUUUUUGAAAAGCAUUAAUUGCCUAAUGAUAGCUUACAGAGUGGUUAAAAUACUUUUGAAUAAUUUGUCAUUAUUGGAAAUACAAAUUAAAACUGUGGACAUUGUUGUAUCCAAUAAUUUCCAGGCAACCAACUGAGGUAGAAUGGAGAUAUGAUGAUGAUGGCAACCGUGUUAGGGUUUCAUUGAGGAGUGGAAGAGUCAUUCCCAUUUCUAAGAAGGCCUUAGAUCUUGCUGAAGAUUUUGUUGAUAAAAAUGAAUAUUUAGGUCAGUUAAGUUUCUCUGUAUCAAUGUAUGUCAAAAUUUUUGUAUCGAGUACCCGUAUUGCAUUUUACUCUUCCCCUUAAGACCACAAGAUAUAGUUUAUACGAAGGCUUGGUCUCACACUGUUCACUCACACAGUAUAAUAAUUUAUACUUCCACUGUUCUGAAAUUGUGUUCUUUGUACUUCCUUUAAUAUUAGAACCUAUCACCAAAUUUCCAUUCCCAUCUAAUGUUUGAUUGUAACUCUUUAGACAGACUACUCAUCAACUAAACUGUUUUAUGCAUCCUACAGAACAAUCCUGGGACACUAGAGAAAAAGAUCUCUUAAAAGUCACCUUCAAACCUUUAUCGAAAUCAUUUGAGCAGGACAUCAUGGACUCUCUGGGCAUCAAGGAGACCAGGAAGCGGGCUCCAAACUUUCACUAUUGAUGUGCCACUGUAAUAUUCAUAUUUCCUUUAAUUCAUAAACAAAUAAACACUUUGAAACUUUUGGAAAGGUAUAAUUUAUUACAAUUUUUAAAAAGAAUAACAGUAAAAGUAACUAACAUACCUACCACAAACUAAACAAUUAAUUUAUUCUGGUAAUUUUUUUUUUAUUUAAAGAUUUUUUAAAAUUAUGCAUACAUUCAAAUGCAGCAAACCACAACAAAAUCAUUUUGAACAUUUGGACAGUUUAAAACAAAGAAAGAAUUCAUGCACCAAAAUAAACUCAACCACCACUAAGAUGUCUUUUUAACUUAGGUCAUUCCCUUGCUUUAUUGUCAAGAGAGUUCCAUUACAUCUCAAAAUAGAUGUUAAAGCAAUGUUCAAAUCUUGAGAGCAUAAAUGACUUGUCAUUGCACAGAAGUACAUGCUAAAACAAUGUCAACCACAGUACAAAACAGCUGACAGCAGUAGUCUUCCUACAUUGUUAUAAAAUCAUAUGCCAGACACAACAGCAAAUACAUUUUCUAUUUGAAAAAAAAAUUAUUUUUUUAAAAGUAUUUAUGCAAACACACCCUUAAUAAUUGUCCACUAUUAUUUAGAGUAAAAUAUUAAUUUUGGAUAGAAAUAAUUCAUGAAAUGCUCUGUAGUCUUCAGAUAACUCAUAGUAUUUCUAAUAUGGGUGGCAGUGUUUAUCAACUAAGAAAUGAAGAUGUAAUGAAAUAAUCCUUAAAGAAAGCUGUUUUUUAAAUAUUGUCACAAAACCUUAAAAUAUUUCAAUAAAAUAACCAUUUUCAAGAGACAAAAUGAUGUAAGACUUAUGACCAAUAACAUUGUUGUUUUAAUAUAUGUCAAAAUCACAGAGACAAAUGACUGCUUGAUAAUUGACUUUAAAAGAAAAAGAUACAAGCUAAUACUAAUAUUAAAGAAGCAUGCAAGGAUUCUCAAAACAUCCUGUUUGUAUUGGUUACUGCCCCUUUACCAUUGUAAUUCGAAGAAAAAAUUUAUACCUUAAGCAAGCAUAUGUGCAGCUUCAAAAAAAUAAAUAUAUCAUAGCUUAAUAAAAUUAGACUUUAAAACUAGGCUGAUGUUAAAUGUUAAGUCUUUUUAAUUGUCAACUGCAUAUAACUUACACAUAGAUUUCUAAAUAUGACAACAUAAGAUAACGUGCUGAUCAUUUUUAAAAAAAAAUUAUUAAAGUAAAGUCAAUUGAAAUCAAUUCAAAAUAGAAAAGAAGUAAACUAAUCUUGUGCUCAAAACAUUUGACUAAAGAGAAUCAAUUAGUCAUAGGAUGUAAAGACGUGAUGUUAAAACUUUCUUUUCUAAAGAUACCUAACAGUUUACAGUAAUGAUGUACCUUGCAAAAAAACAAUGAACAAUUCUCAAGGUAUGUUAAACGGUGGUUACCAAACAUGUUUAUUAGUUGAAAAGUCAUUACAAAUACUAAAG